CGUCACGACUUUUUGCGCGAAGCUGAAGAAAGGAAAUCGCGGGACAGAUCGAGGAAGACGCAUCACGUGUUCUCUCCGUGCGCAGUAUAUUAUCCGUUCGCACGUGAUCCGCGGAAGAGAUGGCCGAGAUGAUUAUUGACUAGAGCGCACGAUGGCACUCUUCAACGACACCUAUUCGGAGCCUUCGUAUCGGGACUCUCUGUACAUAGUGAUACCGGUCACCGUCAUGUACGCUUCGAUCUUCCUCACCGGUAUCAUCGGCAACGUCAGCACGUGCAUCGUGAUCGCGCGCAACAAGUCUAUGCACACCGCCACCAACUACUAUCUCUUCAGUCUGGCCGUGUCGGACCUGUUGCUGCUGGUGUCGGGUCUACCAGCGGAGAUGUACCUGGUCUGGUGCAAGUAUCCGUAUAUCUUCGGCGAGGGCUUCUGCGUCCUGCGCGGCCUCGCUUCGGAGACGUCGGCAAACGCCUCGGUACUCACCAUCGCGGCCUUCACCGUGGAGAGAUACGUCGCGAUCUGCCACCCGUUCCUCUCACAGACUCUCUCGAAGCUGUCGCGCGCCAUCAAGCUGAUCCUCGUGAUAUGGCUGGUGGCCCUGUCGUUCGCGUUACCGCAAGCCCUGCAGUUUGGUGUGGUGCGGCACACCGGCAAUCCCGACAUGGUAAUGUGCACGGUCAAGAGGAUCAUCAUCAGCCACUCGUUCGAGCUCUCGACAUUUCUGUUUUUCGUCAUGCCAAUGUGCCUGAUCACGGUACUCUACGCGCUCAUCGGCCUCAAGCUCAGAAAGUCGAACAUGAUGAAGAACGUCAGAGUCGAGUCGACGCGCAGGCAUCAUCCCGGUAGAUCGUCCAGGAGGGUGCUGAAGAUGCUGGUCGCGGUCGUUAUUGCGUUCUUCAUCUGUUGGGCGCCUUUUCACGUGCAACGAUUGAUCGCCAUAUACGGGACCAAUACGGAGGAUCACAUAACGUCGAACGGCCCGUGGAUGGAGUUUCUCUACCUCCUGAUGACUUAUGUGUCGGGUGUUCUCUAUUACGUAUCCACAACAAUCAACCCGAUCCUUUACAACAUCAUGUCGAACAAAUUUCGCAUGGCGUUCAUGGAGACGUUGUCCAGAAGCUGCAGGCUACCCGGGCUGCAGCGUCACGAGCAACGUUCGUAUUCCAGCCUGUCCCGAUCUCAGCAACGCACGAUCGGCGGCGCGUACAAUUCGAAAACGGCGGGAACCAUCGGCCGGGGAUCCGGCAUGGUGGCGGAUAGUACGGAUGGUUCGGCAAAUUCCGAAACCGCCUGCCCAAGAAACAACGACGGUCGCAUCGCGGGCAAUCGGCAGAGCAGGAAUCUUGCUGUUCCGAGGUACGUGAGCGCCGAUACUUCCGACAAGAAAUGGUGGCUCAAGUGGCUGCCGGGGUUGAAGGUCCUCGGGUUCUCCGGCAGGCCGGCCGAAGAUGAGUCCGCUGCUGGUCGUCGCGAGGAGCUGCCCAUGACGAUGUGGAACCGACCCGUCUGAGACGCGGCCGAGAUCUCUACGAGAAGACCCGCGUCGGCGAUCAAACUAACGAUUGUCGCCUGAUUGAAGACCUACGAACAUCACAUGACUGACGGGCGUAGUUUGAAGGAGUUUAGUUUGGAGAGGCGGUCUCACGACGAUGCCAUCGACCAUGGUGACUGGCGAGAGAGUUUGAGGGACGAGAAAAGACGACGACGGGAAUUGAGAGAAAUUCCAACAAACAUGGGAGAAACGAGAAAAUCGUCGCGGCGGAUUUACAAAGCGAAUCUUACGAUUGCCGCGUACCGCUGAAUCGGUCGAAAAGAGCAUUCGAAAAGAGAAAUAUUGCGCUGAUGCAUCGCUAGCGAUUUUAUAAGUCGAACAUGUCAGGACGUUUUAUAAGUCGGAACAUGUCAGGACGUUUCAUAAAUCAUUCCGCGAUACAGUUUCCUCGAAUAUCUGCUCAUUGAUCACCAAGAGAGAUUUAUUCAUAUACACACAUUUUCUGUCGAAGCGACUCAUACCAAAUAAUAUAAGCAUAUCAGUCUUUUUUUUGACAGAGUUUUUACAAAAUUUACAUAUUUCUGAUAUCAGGCUCUGAGAGUGCCCCAAAAAAUAUAUAUUCGCUGAUGUUAUAAACAAUGUUCUUCUAACUCUUUCUUUUUUGUUCAUCAUUUUACUUCAUACCUCUGUGUAUGUCUCUCUCUCUCUCUCUCUCUCUCUCAAAAUCAUAUUGAAAUGAAAUAUUAUUUAAUUCCCUCGUGUCGCGUUCCGCUCCGAAAAUGUCAAAGUGCCAAUUUUUUAUCGAUGUUCGUAAAUAUUGCGAUACAGAUGUAUAUAUAUAAUUAUCAUAAGAUAAUAUCGGACACAUCGUUGAGUGAAGUUUUAGCGAUUAAACUGAUUAGAAUGAGCGACGUACGUAAUACGCGUUUAAUUGAACUAAAUUGCGAUAAAAAGGUGAUUAUAAUAUAAAUUAUUCUGCGCAUAUAACAAAAUUUCACGACUAACGACAAUUAAACAGAUGAUUACUUGAAAAACGUAUAAGUAAUAAUCGGGAGAAAUGCGUCUUGAGCGUUUUAAAAACGUGUGUGCAUGCUUUUGAUAUCACGCGCAGAAUUUACACGUCAUAUGCUUUCGAAUAAAUUGUAAACACAUUCACACCUGUAAAAGCUCGCUCGUUAAUAUAUAUCAUAUUAUUGUAGAGAACACAAUGUUGUAGAAUGUACAAUGUAGCAUAAGAUACUACUUUUCUCGUCUCCUUCUCUCUCUGUUCUUCUUUCGAUUUAACACUAAAACUACCGACGAUUAACGUGUACCUUGCUAUCGGAGCAAUUUAAAUAAGAUUUAAUUAAGAUAAUUAAAUAAGAUUUUUGAAAAAAUACGUAAUACAGAAAAAAAUAUCUAUUCGUUUAUACAUUGCGACGAAAAUUACGGUUAAUCUCAAAGAAUGCACUAUUAGACAUUGGAAUAACUUUUAUAAUAAAAAAAAGACCGGUCAUUUUGACCGCUUCGGUAGUUUUAGUAUUAAACAAUGUGAUUAUUAAAUACGUAAAUAAGAUAACUGCAGUUGUCAAUUGUGAAAUCUUCGCCGUUUAUUUUCAUCCACGUAUCCGCUUAAUGGAUGUUGAUCGUAUUCUUGUUGUUGUACAUUACAAAUAUCAAUAUUUUUGAUAAUUACACUAGACGCGCUUGUAAUGCGUCGUAAAUUCAUCCGACCCUUUAUUUCCCUUUCCCCUUAAAAUCGGCCUUUUCGAUGACAAAAGGAAUGAUAUUGUACAGAUUUCCACUCUACAUUCGUUAUACAAGCAUUCUAUAAUUCAUAAAUAGUGCGACUACAACAUGUAUUUUCAUAUUUGGAAAUUAUUUCGGCGAUUACCUUGCGAAAUUUCAAUUCGGUAGACUAAAUUAUCUUCAAUAUUACAGUCGAGCAAGAGCGGGAAAUAAUUUUCCGAAAGCGGACGUUUCGAAAAGAUGGGCUGAAAACAGACCCGGCGAUAAGUUUUAUCUUUGCGAGAUAUUUCGAGGGUACACGACAACAUCGUUGCAAAUGAAUGAUUGAAUAAUAAAAAUAGGCCGAUUAAAUAUAUGAUCUUACCAUAUAAGCGUAUUAAGUUUAUAUCGAAUAUAUUUUUGAUUGUCUCUCACGAGUGAAUUGACUGUUUUUCUAACAACAACGUAUUUGUAAAGAUUACUGUGAUUUCUUCGCGAAUAUAGAGGAUAAAUAAUUUUCGGUCGUUAUAAGAUGGUCGGUAAAGAAGCACAAUCACAGAAUCAUACAUAUAUAUUUAUCUGCUCAUAUAACAAAGCCAAUACAUAAAGAGAUGUACAGUACAUACAUGAUAAUAUAAUGAUACGCUUACAGAAAAUAAAUACGAAAAACAGAUCGAUGAGAUACACUUUUCGGUGUAUAAAUACAAUGAAAAAAAGAAAGAAACGAGAAUGUUAAUAAGAUCUUCAUUGUAUGGACACAUAAUGAUGUAAUCAUUUUGUGUAUAAAAUCAUAUAGAAUUUUUUACGAGAUACAUUAUUGGAGAUUCAACUGUAGGAGGUUUAAAUAAAUUAAAUAUUCAAGGAUUAUUCAAAGAUUCCAGUUCUCGCAUCUAACCGUACAACGAAGGCGUUUUAUCGAUGAAAUUGUAAAUAAAAUCGAAGAAGGUUCGCGAAUAGAUACUUUUAGGCAUCAACAACUUUUGUGAUGUGGCAAUAAUAUGAAAAAUAACCACUGCAUAGAAAUAUAUAAAUAAUAGUGGCAAGAUAAUCAUGACCUCUGUGUCGUGCACAUUGACGAAUAUCAGUUGAGCAUCAGACGCAUCUGUUACAACAAACAAUUCGCGAAGGAAUAAAGUUUCAAUCUCAAUAUUCAUCAGCAAAAAUGGAUUUGAUCAAAGUGCCUACAUUGAUUCAACGAUGGGAAGAUGGUGUAUAAAAAAUUAGUUAUUAAUAACAAUUAUACGUAUCUCUGUCGUUGCGUUUGCAUAUAACAAAUUUUACAAAUCAUAUAAUUUGCAUAUUGCAUUUCGAUUUAUAUAUAUAUGAUUAUUAAGUACGGUCUUUCGCGUAUUAUUGAUUGUAACUCACCACCUAGACGUGCCCGCGUAAAGCGCGGUGCGUGUUCUAUAUAAAUACAUAUAUAUAAAUAUUUAAAUAAUGCAUCUUCACAUAUUCUUAUAUAUCCGACAUGAAUUACAU